AUGAAGGUCGCGGUCGUGGGUUCAGGCGUCUCUGGCCUUGCGGCGACUUGGCUGUUGAACGAAUACACCGACCAUGAAGUUCAUCUCUACGAGGCUGACUCACGGCCAGGAGGGCAUGCCAACACGGUUUCCUUCACCAUACCAGGGAAAGAACCUGUCGAUGUCGAUACAGGAUUUAUUGUCUUCAACCCAAACACAUACCCUAACUUCCUCCGGUUCCUCCGCCAGUACCCGCCGCUGCGCGAGCGCAUCCGGGAAACCUGCAUGACCUUCUCCGUGUCGCGCGACGCGGGCGCGUUCGAGUGGGCAGGUACGAGCCUCCGCGCUAUAUUUUGUCAGCGGUCUCGCCUGCUGGACCCCCGGGUGUGGCGCCUGCUGUACGACGUCGUGCGCUUCAAUGCGUGCGCACCAAGGCUGCUCGUAGAGCGCAACCGCAGACGUGGAGACUCUUACACGGAAGAGCUCUCCAUAGGUGAGUACCUGAGAAAGGAGGGCUAUUCAAACUCUUUCAGGGAUAACUAUCUUAUCCCAAUGACCGCCGCCAUAUGGAGCACGCCUCCGGAUAAGUGUGCACUCGAUUUUCCUGCGCGUACUCUCAUUCAGUUCAUGCACAAUCAUCACCUCCUCCAAAUCAUCGGCAAGCCGGCAUGGUUGACGCUUGAGGGAGGAAGCCAAACCUACGUCAAGCAGAUACUCGCUUCGCUCCCCGCAUCACAGCUCCAUCUCUCCACGCCCGUAGCCUCCGUCGCUUCCAAGCCCACACAUGCCAACAGCAGUGACGACGUGGGUCCACUUUACAGCGUAGAGAUCACAACUAGCUCGGAAGAGCGUAAAACAUACGAUCAUGUUAUACUCGCUUGUCAUGCUGAUACCAGUCUUGCGAUCCUACGCGCGGGUGGCGGGCUGACACCCGACGAGGAACGGACCCUGGGCGCGUUUGGGUGGAGCAAAAAUGAGGCGGUCUUACAUUGUGAUGAACGGUUGAUGCCGGUCCGCCGCAUCGCGUGGUCCUGCUGGAACUACCUUACCAAGUCAGAGCAGGACAGUGCUGGCAGGACGAAGGCAAACAUCGACGACGUCUCUCUAACAUACUGGAUGAACGACCUACAGCACAUCUCCAUGGAGCGUCACGGCCCUGUCUUCGUGACGCUCAACCCGCCGUUUGAACCGCACCCCAAGCAGGUGGUAGGAUGGUACCAGUAUGAUCAUCCGAUACUGGGCACCGAGGCCGUCCGCGCUCAGGAGGAGAUGGCCCUUAUCCAGCACACACGCGGGAUCUCAUACGCAGGCGCGUGGCUGAAGUACGGCUUCCACGAGGAUGGCUUCACGUCCGGGCUGCGCGCUGCUGCUGCGCUACGCAAGACAACUGGGGACGCGACGGGAGACGGUGCACCCUUUAAAAUCUACGAUGCCGACCGCUCACCUGGCAGAAGUGCGGUGUUACUUGCUGGCUUGUUUGACGCGUUCGAGGCGUCGGGGCUCAGGGCUGUUCUUGGUAUCUUCUUGUCUUGGUGCUCGACCUUAUUGAGGACAAUCUUCAGUUUGGCCGGUUUCAGGUUGUCCUCGCUGAACGCCGAGCUGUGUGAAGAACGAAGGAAGGUUCAGUGA